AUGAAGUUGAUACCUCUUCUUUUACUCAUUUGCUCUGUUUCCUCAUUCGAACGAUUCGCUGCAAACUUCCACUUCGCUGCCGAUGGCUACGCGGUCAUUGAGAAUUCAUCAGAGCCUUUUCAAAUAGCCAACCGUGAAUACUAUUGGGAACGAAACUUUCCACCAGUGUUGGGCAGCCCGAUGAUCUGUGAAACAAGGGAGGACUCCUAUGGCUGGCCACUGGGAUCCGUUCGCUUUCUGAAUGGCUCAGUACCAAAAUCGCUGUACUACGCGUGCCCAGAAACUUCAUUCUGUGGUUUUCUCACCUGUCAUUCGAAGGACAUGAGCAUUUUCGUCGUUUUCACAAUCUUCUUCAUCUCCAUGUUCCUGAUCUGCUUCUGCUACAUCUGCUACUACCGUAGCCAAAACGCCGACCGACGAGACGAACCAUUAGAAUUGAAUCGCAUGAUUCCAAUCAUCCUGACUACGGAGCCACCGAUCGCAGAUGGGGAGACAGAGACUUCUAUGGAAGAAGGGACCGCACUGGACACCACCAGAGGACCAAGAUACGGUCAUGUCAUUGUCUCUCGUCAUAACAUCUCUCGUAAUCCAUAA